GAUCGUAAAGAUGGCGACGACAGGGAGACCGCAGCUCCGCAGCAUCUCUGCGUGUUUGGCCGUUUUUCUCGGUUUAUUGAACAUAUUAAAUACGGGAAAUUGUGAUGAACAGGUGCCGCUUAUUAUGUGGACAAGCGAGGGGGUCUCCGUACCGACUCAGUCUCCUCCUACAGCGGGGCACAUCGUGGGGCAGCAGCAGCUGGCCUCCUACCUGGAGAAAGCUCUGAGUGUGGGCCCAAGAAAUGUCGUGCUGUUCCUUCAGGAUAAGAUGAGCAUAGAGGACUUCACUAUGUAUGGGGGGGCUUUUGGAAACAAGCAAGACAGUGUCUUCCCCAACCUUGAGGGGGCUCUGAGGUCUUCGUCCUCCCCUCUGGUGUUACCUGCUGUGUCCUGGCCUGCCUCCAAUGCAGUGAUUGGCCAACUGCAGGACCAAUUGGACACCUCUCCUCUGUACAUGGAUCCUGAGACACUGAGUCAGCUGAGACUCAACGCCUCCUCUCCCGCCCUGCUGGUGUUCAGGCUGCCGUACGGCUUCGGGGCUGAUCUGAUGUCUGCCAAAGAUAUUCUCAGUGGAAACGAUGAGAUGAUUGGCCAGGUGUUGAGCACCAUGAAGACCCAGUCCGUCCCGUACACCGCCAUUUACACAGCCCUGCAGCCUCCAGGGUGAGCUGCGUCUCUCUCCAUAGAAGCAGGCGUUGGUGGAGGCCGCUCUCUCCUGCAAGCCAGAGGUGGAUGGCGUGAGAGGGAGAGAGAGAGGGAGAGGCAGCGCAAGAUCAAGGAGAAGGCUGGGAUCUACGGUCCGGUGGAGUUUAAGGAGGAGGAUAACACUUGUAUCCUCCUGUGGGCCCAAGGCCUGUCGGUGAGCAUCCUUCGGAGCGGGCGCUGGGAAGAGCAUGACCUCACCCCCUUAACCUUUGGAGAGGGAGUCAGCCCAAAACUCGACGGCUCAACCUGCGACAAAUCCAAAGCGAGGUUGGUUCUUAAUUAUGAGAACAUUCUCGGCCACAGGAGCUUCAAACUCAUCUUUGCUAUGAGCCAGCGCCACUACAAGGUGUCUGCGCGCCGCUGGUUCACUCUGGACGCCGUAGUGCUGGAGUACGACGGCACCCACGCCACUUUUAACGGGAGCAGACACGUUUACGCCCCCGCUGAGUACUCGUACCGCUGCGGCUCCGUCACCAACUUCCGCUGGCCCGUGCUCAUCCCACGCACAUCUAAAGAUCCAGCCAAUCAGUGGAGGGUCUCUUUUGCAGACUUUCAGAUCCAGGGCUUCAACGUGACAGGCAGUGACUUCUCGUACGCCAGUGACUGCGCGGGCUUCUUUUCUCCGGGGAUCUGGAUGGGUCUGAUGACCAGCCUCCUCAUGGUGCUGGUGCUCACCUACGGCCUCCACAUGAUCAUGCAGCUCCACACUAUGGACCGCUUCGAUGACCCCAAGGGCCCGGCUAUCUCCGUGCCCCUAACAGAGUAACACGCCUGAUUCUUCUCCCUACAUCUCUCCUCCUUUCUCUCAUUGCAAUGCCUCCACUGCGACCCUUUACAUUCCACUCCCUGUUCAUCUGUAGUUGGACCUUUUACAGACUAGUGUUGUUGUCAGUGUAAGGGUGUAUUCAUCACUGCAUAUGUACUUAAAAAUGUGCGUCCUGGUUCUAAGAGAGUAUGUUUUCAGGUAGCCCCAGUUUGUGUUUCUCAGGUAUACAUUCGAGUCAUAGUGGGAAUCAACUGUUAUCUAGAAGGAGCUUUAACAACACCCAAAACUGUUCUUAAGGUUUUUCUAGAAAUCUGAAAUAUUUGGUGCAAGGAGAGAUUUUCCAGUCCUUUCUCAAGUUGCAACUUUGUUUUCUAAACCAAACAAAGAUGCCAGCUGGUAAUGAUGCACCUCUGCAAAAAGAGGCUAUAAUGAAGGUUUCUAAAUAACACAGCAACAACUCAAUUAUGAAAGCUGGUUAAAAAUCUCUUAUUGUGCAACAGACAGAUUUAUUUAUAUUAUUAUCCAGAUAGAAACACCAUUCAGAAUAAUGGUAUGUAUUUCUUUUUCCAACAUAAUGCAAAUCCUCAAGAGACACAAACUGGGGCUAUAGUUUCCGAGGUGGGUAAAUGUUCCAUUAAAAGGGAUACAAUUGUAAAUACAGGGGCAAAAAGAACUUGUGAAACAUAAAUUAUGAAAUGCUAUUUAUCGGUGAAACGUAUGUGUGUGCGUGUGCGUGUUUGUUUACAACUGUGCUCGUGUCUGUUUGUAGACAAGUGAAAUGAAGGAUUACAUUCUCUGUAUGGAUGAUAGAUAACUGAUAUCCACUGCAGAGUUAACUCA